AUGGCUCAGGCUCUGCGCGCAUCUCGCCAGAGCGCCGACGACGUGGCGGCUGGCUUCUAUGUAUUCCGAGAGCCUCUUCCAGAACAUGUGGGCGAUAUCACCUCGCUCAUGUCCGAGUUAUACGCAAUCAGCUCAGCCUUGUCCACCUUGGAGCAUCUAGCUGAAGAUCCACGAAAACGCCGUUAUUUUGAGUUGAUCAAGCCCGAUUUGAAUGUGGUGCAAGCCAGCUUCGCAUAUACCAUCGAGGAUAUCGGCGAUAUUUUCCGAGGUCUCGAUGGCGCUGAUGCUAGCCCAGCAAGAUACAAGCGCAUAUGGGUAAUUUUGAGCCGGUUCUUUUGGGAUCAAUCAAAUUACACCCUGGCCACCCGCCUAGCCAAGUAUAAGACCGUCUUUAAAGAGUUCAUUGACUUGGUAAGAAAUGAUCACUACACCUCCUCGCUCCUCGUGGGUCUCGUCAAUGGCUUCAAGACUCUGCUCUCGAUUCAAGAUAGCCGGUUUGCUGCUCGCUUUGAAGGCAUGACACUCCGCCCAGAUGACUCGCCUCCCGGCUACCGCGCGAGUACCCCGAGCCCGGUGUGGGAGCCUCCAGUUAGGGAGCCUCCGGUGAGGGAGCCUCCGGUUAGGGAGCCUCCGGUUAGGGAACGCCCUCUGUGGGAACGUCCGCAGAGAGAGCGUCCGGUGAGUGACCGGAACACACGACGGCGGAGGUCAUACGAGCGCACUCGACCGCCGCAUUUGUCUCCGCCGCCGAUGUCGCCUUCAUCGGCCACUUCUUCGGAUUUUCCGCCGUCUGUACCGGAUAUCCCGCUCUCGCCACUUACUUCUGCAUCUGCAACGACGACUACUAGUCACUCGACCAGCCCUGAUAUUAUCAAAGACCACUGGGCUAAGGAUACAUUCGGGUCUAGUAGUACCAGCACUCCUCUGCCAUCUGUGAGAGAAAGAUCCCUGAAUGACGAGACCGAUAUGCGCGUGUCCUUCUACCUAAGAAGAUCAGACUACCGCGUCCGCAUCCUUUGCAAAGAACCCCACCGGACGGGUCCUAGUGACUACUACUGCCUGCCACUUAAUUUACUGGAGAUCUUACGAGAUGGCUCUUGUCUCCGACUAUGCAGGCGGCGGAAUCGCGGGACAGAGCUUGUUUUAUGGACGAAAUUGAAGUUCACCACGUUGGAAGAUCUGGUGCUAUUCCAUAACACAUUCCUUGCAUUGCGCUCUCAGGAUGCAGGCCACCCUAUCGGAGAAAUUCUAGACCACGAGCUGGCACACGAACGGGAACUCUUUGCAGCCACAAUCAGGGAAGAUGGAUAUACACACGCGCUGCGCAUAUACAAAGAUAGGGUGACUGGAGCCAUAAGACUCCAGUCAUCGGUCCACGAGGGCGAGAUGAAACACACACCUGUCUGGACUGCGUUCGUUACUCACAACCUCGGGAAACGCAGCUGGCUCAAGUCAUACGAUUCCCGGACGGUGAUUACAUCGCAGGGACAUCAUGUCGUGGAGUUCGAAAAGCCUCGUGAUGCGAGGGAUUUCCUGGAAAUCCUGGAUGAGCUGGGUUGA